AGCACCACCGCUACCUCGGCUAGGCCGCUGCGCCCGCCCCGGCCGCCAUGGCUGGGGGCCGCGGGGCCUCUGGACGCGGCCGGGCCGAGCCGCAGGAAAGCUAUUCGCAGCGACAAGACCACGAACUGCAGGCCCUGGAGGCCAUUUACGGCCCGGACUUCCAGGAUCUGCGGCCCGAUGCGCGCGGACGGGUAAAAGAGCCUCCUGAAAUCAAUUUAGUUCUGUACCCUCAGGGCCUAACUGGUGAAGAAGUGUACGUGAAGGUGGACCUGAGGGUUAAAUGCCCCCCAACAUACCCAGAUGUAGUUCCCGAAAUAGAGUUAAAGAAUGCUAAAGGUCUGUCAAAUGAAAGUGUUAAUUUGUUAAAAUCGCACCUGGAAGAACUGGCCAAAAAGCAACGUGGGGAGGUGAUGAUAUUUGAACUAGCACACCACGUGCAGUCAUUUCUCAGUGAGCAUAACAAGCCCCCUCCAAAGUCUUUCCAUGAAGAGAUGCUGGAAAGGCAGGCUCAGGAGAAACAGCAGAGGUUGCUAGAGGCCAGGCGGAAGGAGGAGGAGGAGCAACGGGAAAUCCUCCAUGAAAUUCAGAGAAGGAAAGAGGAGAUCAAAGAGGAGAAGAAGAGGAAGGAGAUGGCUAAGCAGGAACGUUUGGAAAUUGCUAAUUUGCCAAACCAGGAUCCUGUCUCUAAGAGAGACCCAGCAGGACACAGAGCAGCCGCCCUUCUCCACGGAGGCUCUCCCGACGUAGGAAAUGGUAAAGCCCGGGCAAACUCCUCAGGAAGGUCCAGGCGAGAACGUCAGUAUUCUGUCUGUAGUGGUGAAGCCUCUCCCGGCUCGUGUGAAAUGCUGUAUUUCUGUGUGGGUAGCCCUGAUCAGCUCAUGGUGCACAAAGGGAAAUGUGUUGGCAGUGAUGAGCAACUGGGGAAGGUGGUGUACAAUGCUUUGGAAACAGCCACGGGCAGCUUUGUCUUGCUGUAUGAGUGGGUCCUUCAGUGGCAGAAAAAGAUGGGCCCAUUCCUUACCAGUCAAGAAAGAGAGAAGAUCGAUAAGUGCAAAAAGCAAAUUCAAGGAGCAGAAACAGAAUUCAGCUCCCUGGUGAAACUGAGCCAUCCAAAUAUCGUACGCUACUUUGCAAUGAACUCCAGAGAGCAGGAGGACUCCAUCGUGGUAGACAUCUUGGCAGAGCACGUCAGUGGGAUCUCUCUUGCUGCACACCUGAGCCACUCGGGCCCAAUCCCUGUGCAUCAGCUGCGCAAGUACACAGCUCAGCUCCUGGCAGGCCUGGAUUACCUGCACAGCAACUCCGUGGUGCACAAGGUUCUGAGCGCAUCCAGUGUCCUGGUAGAUGCCGAGGGCACUGUAAAGAUAACGGACUACAGCAUCUCUAAGCGUCUGGCAGACAUUUGCAAGGAGGAUGUUUUUGAGCAAACUCGGGUUCGAUUUAGUGACAGUGCCCUGCCUUAUAAAACAGGAAAGAAAGGGGAUGUGUGGCGUCUUGGCCUUCUGCUGCUGUCCCUGAGCCAAGGACAGGAGUGUGGGGAGUACCCCGUGACCAUCCCCACUGACUUACCAGCUGACUUCCAAGAUUUCCUGAAGAAGUGUGUCUGCCUGGACGACAAGGAAAGAUGGAGCCCUCAGCAGUUGCUGAAACACAGCUUUAUAAACCCUCAGCCAAAAAUGCCCUUAGUGGAGCAGAGUCCUGAAGAUUCAGGAGGACAAGAUUAUAUUGAGACCGUCAUUCCCAGCAACCAGCUGCCCAGCGCUUCGUUCUUCAGUGAGACCCAGAGACAGUUUUCCCGAUACUUCAUUGAGUUUGAAGAAUUACAACUUCUAGGGAAAGGAGCUUUUGGAGCCGUCAUCAAGGUGCAAAACAAGCUGGACGGCUGCUGCUAUGCAGUGAAGCGCAUCCCAAUCAACCCCGCCAGCAGGCACUUCCGCAGGAUCAAGGGCGAAGUGACGCUGCUGUCGCGCCUGCACCAUGAGAACAUUGUGCGCUACUACAACGCCUGGAUCGAGCGGCAUGAGCGCCCUGUGGUGCCCGGGACACCACCCCCGGACUGCAGACCCCAGGCCCAGGACAGCCCAGCCGCCUGCGGGAAAGCAGCAGGCGACACAGAGGAGCUGGGCAGCGUGGAGGCCGCAGCACCGCCACCCAUCCUCAGCAGCUCUGUGGAGUGGAGCACAUCCGCAGAGCGCUCCAGCAGCGCCCGCUUCCCUGUCACCGGCCCGGGCUCCAGCAGCGAUGAAGAGGAUGAGGAUGAGCACGAUGGCGUCUUCUCGCAGUCCUUCCUACCUGCUUCAGAUUCUGACAGUGACAUCAUCUUUGACAAUGAAGACGAAAACAGUAAAAGUCAGAACCAGGCUGAAGAAUGCAAUGAGAAGGACAGAUGUCAUGAAAUUGAGCCAUCAGUGACAACUGGUGCUGUGCACUACCUUUAUAUCCAGAUGGAGUACUGUGAAAAGAGCACUCUUCGUGACACCAUUGACCAGGGACUGUUUCGAGACACCAUCAGGCUUUGGAGGCUUUUUCGAGAGAUUCUGGAUGGAUUAGCUUAUAUCCAUGAGAAAGGAAUGAUUCACCGGGAUCUGAAGCCUGUCAACAUUUUUUUGGAUUCUGAUGACCAUGUGAAAAUAGGUGAUUUUGGUUUGGCGACAGACCAUCUAGCCUUCUCGGCUGAUGGUAAACAGGACGACCAGGCAGGCGAUCAUGGGAUUAAGUCAGACCCUUCAGGCCAUCUGACUGGCAUGGUUGGCACUGCUCUCUAUGUGAGCCCUGAGGUCCAAGGAAGCACCAAGUCAGCAUAUAACCAGAAAGUGGAUCUCUUCAGCCUGGGAAUUAUCUUCUUUGAGAUGUCCUAUCACCCCAUGGUGACAGCCUCGGAAAGAAUUUUCGUUCUCACCCGGCUUCGAGAUCCCACUUCGCCCAAGUUUCCAGAGGACUUUGAGGAUGGAGAGCAUACAAAGCAGAAAUCCGUCAUCUCCUGGCUGUUGAACCAUGAUCCAGCAAAACGGCCCACAGCCACAGAACUGCUCAAGAGUGAGCUGCUGCCCCCGCCACAGAUGGAGGAGUCGGAGCUGCAUGAGGUGCUGCACCACACGCUGGCCAACAUAGACGGGAAGGCCUACCGCACCAUGAUGGGCCAGAUCUUCUCCCAGCGCAUCUCCCCUGCCAUAGACUACACCUACGACAGUGACAUCCUGAAGGGCAACUUCCUAAUUCGUACAGCCAAGAUUCAGCAGCUUGUAUGUGAAACCAUCAUCCGCAUCUUUAAAAGGCAUGGAGCUGUCCAGCUGUGUACCCCACUGCUGCUUCCCCGAAAUAGGCAAAUAUAUGAGCACAAUGAAGCUGCUGUGUUCAUGGACCACAGCGGCAUGCUGGUGAUGCUUCCCUUCGACCUGCGGGUCCCUUUUGCAAGAUAUGUGGCAAGAAAUAACAUACUGAAUUUAAAACGAUACUGCAUAGAGCGCGUGUUCAGACCUCGCAAGUUAGACCGAUUUCACCCCAAAGAGCUCCUGGAAUGUGCAUUUGAUAUCGUCACGUCUACCACCAACAGCUCGCUGCCCACUGCCGAAACCAUCUACACAAUCUAUGAAAUCAUCCAGGAGUUUCCCGCGCUUCAGGAAAGAAAUUACAGCAUUUACUUGAACCAUACAAUGUUGCUGAAGGCAAUUCUCCUACACUGUGGGAUUCCUGAAGAUAAACUUAGUCAGGUCUACGUUAUUUUGUAUGAUGCUGUGACUGAGAAGCUGACAAGGAGAGAGGUGGAAGCUAAAUUUUGUAACCUGUCAUUGUCUUCUAAUAGCCUCUGUCGCCUCUACAAGUUCAUCGAGCAGAAGGGGGACUUGCAAGACCUAACCCCAACAAUCAACUCACUCAUAAAACAGAAAACAGGCGUUGCCCAGCUGGUGAAGUAUAGCUUAAAAGACCUGGAGGAAGUGGUCGGGCUGCUGAAGAAGCUGGGCGUGAAGUUACAGGUCUCCAUCAACCUAGGCUUGGUCUACAAGGUGCAGCAGCACACCGGCAUCAUCUUCCAGUUCCUGGCAUUCAGCAGACGCAGGCAGAGGGCUGUGCCUGAAAUCCUUGCAGCUGGUGGCAGAUAUGACCUGCUGAUUCCCAAGUUCCGAGGCCCACAGGCUCUGGGGCCAGUCCCCACUGCUGUCGGCGUCAGCAUAGCCAUAGACAAGAUAUUCGCCGCCGUCCUCAACAUGGAAGAGCCUGUUACAGUAAGCUCCUGUGACCUCCUGGUUGUCAGUGUUGGCCAGAUGUCCAUGUCCAGAGCCAUCAACCUAACCCAGAAACUCUGGACAGCGGGAAUCACUGCAGAGAUCAUGUAUGACUGGUCACAGUCUCAAGAAGAGUUACAGGAGUACUGCAGACAUCAUGAAAUCACCUAUGUGGCCCUGGUCUCUGAUAAAGAAGGAAGCCAUGUUAAGGUCAAGUCCUUUGAGAAGGAGAGGCAAACAGAGAAGCGUGUAUUGGAAUCAGAUCUUGUGGAUCAUGUUAUGCAGAAACUGAGGACCAAAGUCAGCGACGAAAGGAACAUCAGAGAAGCUUCUGAUAAUCUUGCUGCACAAACUCUGAAGGGGUCGUUUUCUAAUGCUUCAGGUUUGUUUGAAAUCCACGGAACAACGGUAGUCCCCACCGUGAGUAUUCUAUCCCCAGAAAAGCUGUCAGCUAGCACCAGGAGGCGGCACGAGAUUCAGGUACAAACCCGACUUCAGACUACCCUUGCCAAUUUACAUCAGAAAAGCAGUGAAAUUGAAAUUUUGGCUGUGGAUCUACCCAAAGAAACAAUCUUACAGUUUUUAUCAUUAGAGUGGGAUGCUGAUGAACAGGCAUUUAACACAACUGUGAAGCAGCUGUUGUCACGCCUACCAAAGCAGAGAUACCUCAAACUCGUCUGUGAUGAAAUUUAUAACAUCAAAGUUGAAAAGAAGGUGUCAGUAUUGUUCCUGUACAGCUACAGAGAUGACUACUACAGAAUCCUGUUUUGACCUUGAAGAACUGUUGCUGCAUUGCUCAAAUGGACAGGGGCUUAUACUGGAAUAAUGGAAUGUUGUACAUUCAAUUUAUUUUAACUUAAAAUUCUAAUAAGCUGUCCUACAAAGUUGAGCUUUGUAGGUUUUUCAUGUAUAUUAUAAAUUUAUCUUUUUUGGAUAUAAUAAAUGCUUUCAUAUAUAAAUUUA